AUGGCAGACGUCAAGGACCCCAAGAUCCAGGAUGCCUACGAGGCCGUCCGCUCUGACAAGGACGACACCACCUGGCUCCUGCUCAACUACGAAUCGGACAGGUCUGACAAGCUCGUACUCUCCGAGACGGGCACGGGUGACAUUGCCGAGUUUUCGUCAAAGCUCGACCCGGCAAACGCGUCAUUUGGCUUUGUGCGCGUCAAGUAUUCGAAUGACGACCACUCGUUCCGCGAGAAGUUUGCGCUGGUCAUCUGGAUCGGCGAGAACGUCCGGGUUAUGCGCAGGGCCAAGGUGUCGGUCCACACCGGUUCAGUCAAGGACGUGAUCCGCUCUUACGCCCUGGAGAUCUCGGCCUCGUGCCCCGCAGACUUGGAGUACGACGACAUUGUUCAGCAGAUGCGUCGUGCUGGCGGCGCCAACUACGACCGGAGCAAGUUUGACUAG